AGGCAACCGACUUUGGGGCCUAAAAGCAAUUUCCUCCAAUAAAAUUUGCAUAGAGAAGAAGAGAAAACUACGUGUAAUAAAUAAAUGCAUCUUCAUCAUACAUCCUUGAGCACCUGCGAGGCGUUCUUCCGGAAGACCGCGUCACCGUGAAACCCUAGCCUAGACCAAUUCAAAAUACAAAUCGAAAGAAGCUAAUCACAGAUCAGCUCAAGGCGAUAAGGAUGUUGAGAAUUGCAGGUCGGAGGUUGUCGUCUCUGUCAUCAUGUUCCUGGAUGUCAGCUGCUCAGACCUCUCCGUCCAUCGCAUCCAGGAACCUUCUUACCAUGUCCGGGGAUUCGUCCGAUGGAACUCCUUCCAGAUUGGGUUCUCCUCCCAUCGGAUUUAUGUAUCUUGAUCAAAUGAGAGGGUUCACUUCUGCUUCUCUAACCCCUGCAAAAGACGGCUCUUCAGAUCUUCCACCAACAUUGGCUGCGAUAAAGAAUCCCACCUCUAAAAUUGUCUAUGAUGAGUGCAAUCAUGAGCGUUUUCCACCCGGUGACCCAAGCAAGCGUGCUUUUGCUUACUUUGUCCUGACAGGUGGCAGGUUUGUUUAUGCCUCAUUGGUUCGCCUCUUGGUGCUCAAAUUUGUUCUGAGCAUGUCUGCUAGUAAGGAUGUCCUUGCCCUGGCAUCCAUUGAGGUUGAUCUGUCGAGUAUUGAACCGGGGACAACUGUAACGGUCAAGUGGCGUGGGAAGCCUGUUUUCAUCAGGCGUCGGACUGAGGAUGAUAUCAAAACUGCAAACACCGUUGAUGUUGGUUCACUACGGGACCCACAGCAAGACGCCGAGAGAGUUAAGAAUCCUGAAUGGCUUGUCGUAAUUGGGGUUUGCACACAUCUUGGGUGCAUACCAUUACCGAAUGCAGGAGACUUUGGUGGUUGGUUUUGCCCAUGCCAUGGUUCUCAUUACGAUGUCUCUGGCAGGAUUCGCAAAGGACCUGCGCCGUACAACCUUGAGGUGCCUACUUACUCUUUCUUGGAGGAGAACAAGUUGCUUAUUGGUUGAUGAAAAGAAAUUUUAUGUAUGUCCUCACAAAGGCAAUGAAAGCUGCUCGAGCGUAGAUUGUUUGAUCUUGACGAAUACUUUUCUUGAGUUUCUUAUUUCUUUCCCUAAAAAGCUCAGUACUUUGGAUUUGGGACGCAUUUAUACACUAGUUUUGAACAUUUGCACGCUGUUUUGAAUAAUGCAGCUAUCGAUUUGCUAAAUUCGUAAGAAGAUUUGCUAGAACAGUGAAUAAUAUAAAUUUCAUGUUCCACAAUCGAAUUUGUGAUUGGUUCCUUACACAUUUACCCUCGUUUGGACCUUAAAACAUUAAACAUGUGUUGAACACUUGAACGUACAAUAUAGAACAAUUUAUGUUCAGGGAUUUGCAUUUUGGCG